GGUCAUUUCUUGUAAUGGUUAAUUUCAUUGUUAUUGAUGAUAUAUUUUAUAAAUGUAUUAUUAAAUUAACAAACAUCCUUAUUGCAUCAAUCACUUACGUGCUGUCAUAGUCGCUUGAUCGAGUCAGACCUUUUCAUAACAAGCUAAAACUCACAACAGUCUUUUAAACCUCUUGAGAAGUUAUUCCAUAUUAUUUGAUUAUAGAAAAGUCUCACCAGUUUUCUAUAACAUGGAAGAAGUUGAUUCUAUUAUUUUACAUUUUCUUCGGCAGUUAAAUAUCAACAUUGAUGAUGAUGUUAAAAAUCUAUGUGAUUUGCCUGUGGAAACAAUUAUAGAGUCAGCCUCUAAAUGUUUAAUCACAAUUAAUCCAUUAUUAAAAGUACCUAUCAAAUUACCAUUAGGCAUAUCACACAGAAUAGAAGUGGCAGCCCAAAUAGCUUCCAUAUGUAAGGACCUUGGUUACAAGAAUGAUGUUGGGUAUCAGACAUUUCUAUAUUAUAAUGAGACUGAGUUGCGACAAGUUUUUAUGUUUUUGAUUGAAAGAUUACCCAAUGAAGGGAAACAGAUAACACCCGACGCUAUAGAUACAAAUAGAAAAUCUUUACUGUUACAAAGUAUUAAAUAUAAAAUUGGUGAAGAAAUGAACUUGAUUUGGAUACCUCCAUGUUGCAAUCAUCCAGGGCAACAGACAGUUGGUGAUUUUACAAAUGGCAAAGAAAAUUGCACACAGUCUAAAGUGGAGAUUAGUCUCACGAAAGAAGAAUUGAUCCAAAAGCUACUCAAGAUAAAAGAAAUAACAACAGAAAAACAAGCUUUACCCAUAACACCUGUUCAUAAGAUCAAAAAUGUGUGUGAAGAAAAAGUAAAUGUUACAUAUGAAACAAAUAAAAGCCUGAAGGAAUUAAAAGAAAUAGCUAUUCAUCUCAGGCAAAAGUUAGAUUCUCUUGAGAGUGAGAGAAAUGUUAUGGAUGUUGAAUAUUCUCAGGCUCUAAAAUCAUGUGAAAGGGUUGAAGGAGAUAUGAAAAAUCUACAAAAUAUCUUAAAUAGUAUUGGAAUAACUAACAUAGACAAUGAAGGAGCAACAGACAACACAUUGGAGAAAGUGCAAGCUAGCAUUAAUAUGUUGCAUAGGAAAAGUGAAGAAUUGACAUCUAGAAACUUAUCACUCAAAUUAGAAGUAGAUAAAAUACGAAACACUAUGGCUUUAUCAGAGUCUGAAAGAAGCAAAUGCAGAAGUGCACUGAUUAAUUUAAAACAAAACGCUAAAGUAAUGAAAGAUGAGUAUGAAAAUAAAGAGAAAAUAAAAAAGCAAUUAAAAAUAAACUAUGAAAAACUAAAAGGAGGCAAUAAAAGAUCAAUCUACACUAAAAGAAUAUUAGAAAUAAUUAGCAAUGUUGAUAAACAAAAUAUGGAAAUAAAAAAAAUAUUGGAAGACACUAGGCAACUACAGAAAGAAAUUAAUUCUUUGGAAGGUCAAUUAGAUCGAUGUUUUACUAUUGCUGAUGAAACUUUAUUCAGGGAUGCAAAGAAAGAUGACCAAGCUAAGAAGGCUUACAAAUUACUAGCACUAUUACAUUCAGAAUGCAAUACAAUUGUCUCUCUGGUAAAUGAUACUGGUUCUCUAGCUAGAGACAUUGUUGAUUUAGAAGAUAAUAUUAAAAAUGAAAAUGCUAAGAGGACUGAAGACAUUUUGAAGAAAGUCAAUCUUGACCUUACCCAAAUGCAAAAAGAAUCAAUCCCCAAUAAUCUGUAAUAUUACUACUGCUUCCGCAAUAUCAUUUGAAUAAAUCUUCUGUAAAAUGGUCUGUAAGUUAAAAAUUAUUCCAAUAACCUAUUAAAUAUUCUUAUU